AUGGAAACAAUGGAAGAUAGAAAAAGAACUUAUUCUGAACAAAGUUCGUCUUCAUCGGACAAAAGUCCUCCUCCUAAGAGACAACUUUUAUCAUCACAACAAUCAAGGCCAGGUCAAGGUGUAAAUGGUCAAGCCACCUCCUCCUCAAGUAGCUCAAAUAGUUACCAGGAUUUUGCCAAUCUGGAUAUUUCUGAUCCAAAAUGGCUCGAGUGUUAUCAAAAGGAAGCUAUUAUUCGUGCUUUGCGAGAGUAUAAACGGGAAAGUGAGCGGAUAAAUAAAUGGAACGAACAACUUAAAGAAAAGCAGAUUAAUUAUGAAGACCAUUUAAGUGUUAUCAAUAGGUGUUGGAACAAGCUUUUAAACGAUUUACGAAUGAUUAUAUCCAGAGUUGAUGAAGAUGGAAAUUUAUCGAGCUUGAUUCCUUCAGACGUGCAACUUAAAGAAUCAAAAUUCCUUGCUCAAAUAUCACAAUUUGAGCAAGAUGAUGGAAUUAUCGAAAUUAUUGAGGAAUCAUUGACAGAAAAAUUUGGAAUUACUAAAAAAGUUAUUACCGUAUUACUAGAGAAGAUUAUUGCGUGGAUAGAACAAAGAAAUAAAUUAAUAAAAUUCUUACAAAGUGAAAAAGAUCCAAUUUUGAAGGAGAAUAAAGUAAUUCAGAGCCUUAAGAAUGAAAAUGAAAGUCUGAAUCUUCUUAAUAAGCGUAAUCAGAAGGAUCUCGAGGAAUUACAUGUACAGCAUCACACGGUAUCAUUCGAGAUGAGCACUAUUAAGUACGAACUCGAAAAAACAAAAAAUCGACUUGAGGAAGUUGAAGGACGUCUUGAGAUUACUAAGGAUGAGCUUGCACAGGCAGAAAAGCGGUUUGAUAGAUCUAAAAGUGUGACUCUUGGACUCUGGACACAUCCUGGAAGUAAUAUCUUCGGAUCGUCAUCCGCUUAUGAAAAUGAUAAGUCUAAUCAUAGUAACCGUCAAACAGAAGAAAAUUUAAAACAAUUUAAAUUUUUGGCCGAGUCACGAUUGAAAGAAUUGGAAGAUUUAUCUAACGAACGAUCUAAAUUAAGGGAAGAAAUUCAUCAUCUCCGAGAACAAAUUAAAAACCUUCCUGAAGACCGUAUAAUAGAUUCGCAAGUUUAUCGAAGUUUACAAGUUCAAUAUUUUCAUUGUAAAGAUACUUAUGAUUAUAUGCGUACGGUUAUGGAACAGAAUAGUCAAACAAAACAAACUAUAAAAGAAACUGAAGAUCAAUUGAAUAAGCUUCUUUUUGAUCUAGAUCGAAUUCGUGCUCAAAGAGAUGAUGUUUCAAUGGAAGUGGAUAAAUUGAGAGCAAUGUUACCGCAAGAAUUUCGUCAAAUAUCUGCCCUAAGGGUACUCGCUAAUGAUAGAAAAACAAUAAUACGUCAGUUAAUGACAGAGAUUCAGAGGCUUAAUAUGAAGAUAGCUGCUAAUGAAGGUAAUAAGCAAGCAAUCGAUUUUUAUUGUACACCUGCAGAACCACCGGAUGUUACUUAUGAGGAAAUUCAACAAGGAAAAAAUUCAUUUGAGUUAAUAAAAAGACAAUUAUCAUAUGACCAUCAUCUACAAGAAGAACUAAAUAAAUCAGAGAAAAUAAGAAUCGAACUUCAAAGAGAAAUUGAUGAGUUAAAGAACAAUUUUGAAAUGGGAGAUUAUCACGAUAUUAUAGCUUCCAAGGCUAGGUUAAAACAAGAAGUGGAAGAAUUAAAAAGUAGGUUGGAUGAAUAUGAUGAGAAAUACGGUAUUAAAGAUCCAGGUGAUGAUCCAUUACAUAUACUUACUUCAAAGAUCGGAGAAGCCGAGAGAAAGAUUGAGAAAAUAGAAUCAGAUUGUGAUUAUCUAAAAAAAAAUGAAAAGCAGUUAUUACAAGAACUUGAAGUUUUAGGUGAUCACUGGGCACGUCAAGACCAAGAAAAUACUGUCAAAGUUUUUGAAAUUAUAGCACAUGAUGAAAGGUUGCAAAAUGCGCGAGAAUCUGAAGCAAAAGUGAAACAAAAAUUGAACUCCAUAUGGAUGGAAAAUGUUUCUUUGAAAAAACAAAAGAAUCAUUUAUCUACGGUUAUUCAAAAUCAAACGGAUCUCUUACGUCAAAAAGGUUAUCUGGAAGAGAAUCUCAAAUCACAACUGGACAAUGCCAACAAAGAACUAGGAUGUUCCAAACAAGUUGUAGAUGUACAUAAACUUAAAUUGCAUGAAUUUACACAACAGAACAAAGAUUUGAAAGAAAAGAUUGAAAGAAAUAUGACUACACAUAACGAGUUGAAAAAACAACUCGAAGAAAGCAUAAAAGCAUGUGAAAAAGAAGCCCACAAGUCAAGAAGACUGGCUGAAGAAGUUGAAAUGUAUAAAAGACAAGCUGAAGAUCAUCGAAGGACACAAGUAUCAGACACGACUGAGCAACAACUAAUUCAAAAUUAUGAGGAAUGUCUUGAAGCACAAGAAAAAGCACGUAACCGUAAAUGUGCAAAAUGUGGACUUCCUUUUAGUAGUACCGAUAUCAAACAAUUAUUUCAUUAG